CUUCUUCUUCUUGACAACGCUUUCAGUUUCGAACUGAUUCUUCUUCUCCUUUUCCCCUUGAGCAAGUUUAGUAAAAGUCCCAAACCUUUUGCUUUUCAUCAAGCUCAGGAAUCGACUCUCGUCAAAACCCAACCAAAAUCACGGCCCCAUCAAUUCCGGCGACCAUGUUGCUCAGAAUUCGCAGCAGAGACGGCCUGGAACGACUCACAGUCGAAAACCCACACGCCACGGUGGCCCAACUCAAAGCCUUAAUCCAAACCAACCUUCGAAUUCCUCUGGAGAACCAAACCCUCUCCACCAACCAAAACCUUCUUCUGGCGAAGAGCGCCGACGACCUCACUCGCUUCACCGACAUGGCCAACCCUAACACCCCUCUAUCGGCGCUUAAUCUCGCUCAUGGUUCGAUUGUUUUCUUGGCCUACGAGGGCGAGCGGACCGUCGCCGGGCCCAAUUUCCAGCCGGCGGGGUCGUUCGGCCGGAAGAUGACCAUGGACGACCUCAUCGCCAAGCAGAUGAAGGUCACGCGCCAGGAGACUCCGCAUUGCGAGCUCGUCUCGUUCGAUCGCGACUGCGCCAACGCGUUCCAGCACUACGUGAACGACACGCUCGCCUUCGCCGUGAAGCGGGGAGGGUUCAUGUUCGGCACGGUGUCGGAGGAGGGCAAGGUGGAGGUGGAUUUCAUCUACGAGCCGCCGCAGCAGGGGACGGAGGAGAAUCUGACGCUUUUCCGGGACCCGGAGGAGGAGAAGGCGGUGGAGGCGAUUGCGUUAGGGUUGGGGAUGAGGAAGGUCGGGUUUAUAUUCACACAGUCGGUUGGGCAGGACACCAAGGACUAUACAUUGUCGAAUAGGGAGGUGCUUCAGGCGGCGGAGUUUCACGCCGAGAGUGGGUUGAAGGAGUGGGUGACUGCAAUGGUGAAGUUGGAGGUGAAUGAGGAUGGUGCUGCUGAUGUGCAUUUCGAAGCUUUUCAGAUGAGUGAUAUGUGUAUUAGGUUGUUUAAAGAAGGGUGGUUCGAGACUGAGAUUGGGGAGGAUCAGGAUCCCAAGUUGUCCAAGAUGAAGAAGGAUGUUGUUGUUGGAGUGAAGGAUGUUAGAGAAGUGGACAAUGAUUUCUUCUUGGUGGUGGUAAAGAUCUUCGAUCACCAGGGGCCUCUUUCAUCCACCUUUCCCAUUGAGAAUCGUAUCACCCCAGUGACGUUGAGGGCUCUGAAAACCCAUAUGGACCGUGCUAAGAGUCUUCCAUAUGUGAAGCGAAUUGCAGAUUUUCAUUUGAUGCUUUUACUUGCAAGGUUUUUAGACGUAAAUGCUGAUGUUCCUGCUUUGGCCGAGUGUGUCCGUACACAGUCAGCCAUACCAGAAGGCUACCAGUUACUAAUUGAGUCGAUGGCCAAUUCUUCUUAAUGCUGCUUUGUGUACCCCUAGGGAAAUUGAUACAUUCUAUGAUCUAAAUGGUUAUGGCCAACCAAUGAUCCUUUACUGUGGUUAGCUGCGAUGCAGUAAUCCAUGUUGCUUUCUGGUACCAUGUAUCACUCAAAAGAUGGCUUUGCUCCUCAGUAGGUUCAUGUUAUAACAUGUUUUUGCACAGGAGCUUUUAUAAGUUAUGUACCCUUAACAUUCAAGUGUUAUAUUGCAUCAAAUAGUAUGGAUA